GCGGUUAAAGGGCAGCUGCUGACCUGGGAUAUUUCACCAAAAAAUGGCAGUGAAGUAUUUUUCUCACAUGAAAUUUAUGAAAAAUAUUCGUUGGCUCCGAGCCUCUCUGAACUAUGGCGUUUAUCAAACAGAGAGGCAAAGAAAAAUGUGGAGGUGUUGGCAAACUCUUCAGAAAACAGGCAGACUUGUAGCAUGAAGGCUGCAGAUCCAGUUGAAGCGGAAGCUAAAAGCACAGCUGAUGAUUACCCUUUUCCAGAACCUAGACUCCCCUAUCCAUUUACCUCUUGUUUGACUGAGAAGGAACAGAAAACAUACUUAUAUCUGAUGACUAAGUACUCAAAAAAACCCCACCAUUUUCACCUUAAUGCAGCAAGCAAAAGAGAAUUAUUCACGUAUCUGCAAAUGAAAGAAGUAGUAAACAAUGAAAUUGCAGAAUUUAUGAAAUUUGCCCAAAAUGCUGCAAAAAGCUGCUCACAAGAUUAUGAUGCCAUCUCUGAAGGUGCACUGCGUUAUACUGAGGAAUUACUACGUGCUUGUAUUGGACAUGUGCAAAAGUAUCCUGAGUUUUACACGCUCCAGGAGAUCAUGAGUAUCAUGGGAGGAAAGUUUCAUACACAGUUGACUCUUAGGCUGGAAAAAAACCUUCUUGUAAUGGGUACGGCAAGACGUGGUAAAACAGAUUUCCCUACCAUGCCUGUUCAACUGCCCACGGAUUAUGAAACUGUUACAUCCAUUAUAAGUCCAGAAAAAAAGGCUUCUAUUAUGCACAAUGAUAUUAGUUCAGAUUCAAAUGCAGAAAAACUUGCUUUGAAAUACUGUCCUCAAGUUGUUUUAAAUAAUCACUCGUUAUUUACUUUACUGAAUAAUCAUGGACUAAACUACAAGGAACAAUGGGAAAUUCCAGUUUGUAUUAAAAUGAUCCCUGUUGCAGGUAGCAAACCAGCUAAAGUGGUUUAUGUUGAUUCACCCCUGCUGAGAAAGGAAAUGACAGUACGAGAGAGGAACCAAAUCUUCCAUGAAAUUCCAAUGGACUUCCUAGCAACUAAAACAUCUUACGUUUCAAUUUCUGAUGUAUUGAUGGACAAACCAGCUGAGGACAGUCUGCUUCAGUGGGAUAUGUCUUCUGAUAGCUACCAGUACAGGAAGAUUCCUCUUCCAGAUGACACAGGGAUGGACUUUGAUGAUGAUGUUACAGAACUGGAAACGUUUGGAGCAACUGUCAAGCUCUCAAGAACUUCUAAAAUGGAAAGUACUUUUCCUACAGUUAGUAACACUGCUAAAGUUUUAUCACAUGGCCUAAAAAUGGGGAAAAAAAAUACGUCCAGCAUAAACAGUGAAGGGAAAAACACCAUUCCUGAGCAAGGAGUUUCAGUAUGUGCCAGCAUACAGUUUCCAUCAUUAGAUGGCAUUCUGUGCUUCAGCCCUGAAGAAAAUUCAUCUCAUAAAAGCUUUAAUUCAGAGGAGGUAAGACUUAACAAAGCACAGCAUGUCAUGACCAAAGAAGUAUUGGACAGUGAAACAAAAUUACAUACUCUAUCUAAUGCUGCUAGUUACAAGAAAGAAUCUGAUUCUGCACCAAAAAAUGAGAUUUACACUUCUUUAUGCAGUAGUGACACGGAUGAAGAGCGUUUGGUAAUUGAUACAGAAUGCAAAACAGCUGUAGCAAACACUGUUUCUCAUACCUCAUUGGAGACUGCCAAAUCACCUUCCCCCACCCAGAUUCCAUUAGCAAGCAUGACUGAUUGCUCAGAUGUCGUGGAUCAGGGAAAAAACGCCUCCAGAAAGCCUACAAGAAAGUUGUCCAAGGAAUUUGAUCCUGUCGGACAGAUUUUGAAAAUGCAAACUGAACUUCUCAAGUCACCUUCACAAAAAACUCAUGAGCACCCAGUGGUGAGCUGUGAUAAUUCUAAUGCUACGCCAGCCCAUGUGCCUCAAUCUCCAAAACCAUUGGUGACCUCUAGCACAGAAGCUGUGCCGCUCCCUGCCUCAAAUCCCAACAGCUCGUCUAGAAGUACCUGGACUUGGCUUUUUCAGGGAGUGCCAAAGAGAAAGCUGCCAAAUGAACUUCAGAUGCUUGAAGAAGACCCUUCAGAGUAUAAAGCACCUCAGGAUGGCAACCUUGUGUAUAAGCUGUUCAGUUUGAAUGAUCUGUUGUUACUUGUGCGUUGCAGUGUACAAAAAGUGAAGUCAUUGCCACGAUACCGUAAAAAGAAGAAAGCCCAAAAGCUUAUUCCAAUAUUCCUGUUGCCAAAAUUAGAAUACCAAGCCUAUUACGGUGUUGAAGCUCUUACAGAAAGUGAAGUAUGUCAGUUGUGGACAGAGAGUAUGCUGCAUUCUGAAUGCUUAUUUUAUAUUGGACGUAUUGAUGCUUUUACAUCAAAGCUUAUUAUGCUAGAAAAGAUUUCUCCAGAAGUUUUAAGAGAAAAACUUGGAUUGAUUAAGCCUGCAAAUUCAUUAAACAUACUUCAUCACAUUUUGAAGAAAGUGUCUGAUUUGCAGGAGGGCUCUUAUUUAUUGACUCAUGCUGCAGGAGAUUCAUCAGUUGCAAUCUACAAGAGUUGUGUUGACAAGACAAUGAGAGCAUCCUAUAACUUGCAUAAAGCUCAUUGUGAUCUGCCUACUGUACCUGCCACUCUUUCAGUGCCCUGGGUGCCGCUAGAUCCCAGCCUCCCUUUGCCCUAUCACGUGAAUCAUGGAAGAGUGCCAUGUACCUUUCCACCUGCUCCUCAGGAAGCCCUGUGGAAACAGAAGAUGCCUGGGGCAAAAGGACAAUCGGACACACCCUAUGAGGGAAAGCCAGUAGCUAUGGAAACAAAAGGCAGUUCAGCUAAGCCUGUUAGAAAUGAAGGUGUGGCUACAAAGAAGCCGAAGAAGAAUUACUGCAAACAAAGAAUGAUGAAAAAGUGGAAAAUGAAGUACAACAAAACGCAACUGAAGUAG